CUUGCGUGUCGUGACCGCCCAAACAAAUGCCCCGUUGAGCCAAUUCACCCUCAGAUGCGCGUCGCCUGUCUGAUGCACGACCGCUCAAGCUGCAGGCCCUUUGCUCCUUCACCCUCACCACUCAGGGACACGUAGUCCCCCGCUCAAUCGCUCUCUCACGUUCUUUUUGGAUAGCUGCCGGGCCACUCCCCCGUAGUCGCAGUAGUUGCGUGCCAAAGAUUCCCUCACCAACCACGCGAUAUUCCUUUCACCCCGUCCCAUCGUGCAGGCGCGCCUAGUGCCAUGACGUCUUUCUGAGAUGUCUGCUAGCCAUCGCAAACCUCCUCUACCACUGACCUGGAGGCCGCGAUGUCGCUUACGCCCUCCAAUCCCCGGAUGAUGAGCCCAGCCAUCGGCUCCGGCAUCAAGCUCAAUCCCUCUCCAUCCCCAUUCUUCAAGACCACCCCGCGCUCGCCCGUCAAGGCUGGACGUGCCGAAGCCAGUCUUGCAUUGCGCCAAGUCAUUGGGACCACGACAAACUCGGCCAAUGCCUUCGACAGCCUGCCGUCGGGGAGCAGCUUUGGUUACACGGCGGGUGCUGCCGCUGUCAUUGCGUGCAUAGACGCCCAAGGGCAGGUCACCCAGCGUUUCUACCGCGCACGACCUACUACGAAUCCCAUCAAUCCCUCGGCAUCCAUAUACGGCGGGCCCUCGACGCCCACUCAGAACGAGAGCCGCAACCGCACUGCCGUCUCCCUGCGCGACGCUGGCUUCGGAGGCUCCCCUCUCCCGUCCCCUAGUGCCCACGACUGGGCAGAUUCUCCGAGCAACAGAGCCUGGGGUACCAAAGACAAGAUCAAGGCCGCAACCUGUGUCAGCUUCAGCCCUGAUGGCAAAUUCUUUGCUGUCGGAGAGACGGGUUACAAACCGCGCGUACUCAUCUUCUCUGCCUCGUCAGAUGCCGCCUCAGACACCCCACUCACCUCCCUCUCGGACCACACUUUCGGCGUCAACUGCGUAGCCUUCAGUCCCGAUUCUCGCUUCCUUGCUAGCUUGGGCUCCGCCAACGAUGGCUUUUUGUACAUAUGGCACAUCAACUCCCGCACCGGAGCUGCUACGCUACAUGCUAGCAACAAAUGCGUCAGCCAUAUCAACCGAAUGGCGUGGAUGGGAAACAAGCUGGUGACUGUCGGUGUCCGACAUGUCAAAGUCUGGAAGGUAGACGACCUCAAUGCGACAAUGCGCAUCUCCAAGGCGCGUCAAAGCGAUGUCUCGUUUCUCUCCGGCUCCACACACAAAACGCUACCAGGAAGGAAUUGCAUUCUAGAGAGCUUGAAAGAGUCGACAUUCACAAGUGUGGUCGCCAUAGCCCGAAACAAGGCCGUCGUAGCUUCUGACAAAGGGGAUAUAUGUCUUAUUGACGAUACCGAAUCCAAUCAUCGCUUCUCGAGAUUGGUUGACGCCGGCUUUGCUGUAAGCUCUUUAGCUGUCGACGUUAAAGGGCGACUCCACGUUGCUGGUAGUCAAGGAGCACUCAAGACUUUCAACAUAGAGGAGAUGAUUGGAAGGCUAACUCCUCCGCCCUCACCUCCACCGCGCGUUGAAUCUCCCUCCACCUCGGUUACGGAAUGCAAUCAAAUCGGCGUGAUAGCCUGUCUGAAAGACUAUCUCAUCACUGUCGACACUCAUCGAGCCAUCCGAUUAUCACAACUGUGUUCCGACGAUGAUGAAGGCGCUGUGGGUAAUGUCGUUCACACCUUACCUGCACAUGGAAACGCUGUACUAGGAGUACAUGCUGAUCUCGCGCAACCGAACGUGUUCGAGGCUUCGUACUACACAUGGGCUGCUGACGGUACGGUUAUCUUCUGGAGUCAAGGGAUGUUCAAGGGCUUGCUUCAAGUACAGCUUGAGCAGCUGGACGAACCUAAUGCCGUCCCUAACGAGCUAAGGACAGUCCGUGCCUCCACUGAUGGAGCUUUCCUCGUUGCUGGUGACAAAUAUGGUGUUCUACGUUUCAUCGAUUGCAACACUAAAACCUGCACGUUAGAGUUCAAGGCACAUGCCAGCGAAAUCACCAGCAUUGCCAUACAUGAGGAGUCGGAUAUGACCCUCGUCGCGUGUGCCAGCCGAGAUCGUACCGUUCAAGUGUUCACACGUUUAGAAGAAACCUGGGAUCUACUGCAAACUCUGGACGAGCACGUAGGAGCAGUGAAUGGAGUGUCUUUCUCUCGAAAUGGCACGCGUCUAGUGUCGUCCUCAAGCGAUCGAAGUCUGGUGGUCCGCGAACUUUUGUCUAUCGAAGACGAUCGUGGUACAACCCGAGCUUUUGUGAUGUCACGAGCUAUCAUGUUAAAAGCGACGCCGGUGUCAUCGGCCUGGGACAUCGAUCAGGACGAUGCUCUUCUAGUCUCGACUAUCGAUCGCCAGGUACACAAAUUUGACAUUCGAACAGGUCAAUUACUCAGCAACUUCCGUGCAUGCGACACUGAUGGUGGAGAUGCAGUCGUUCUGUCUUCCUUGGUCCAUAUACCACGCAAUUGGGGUGCCCCUCUAAUUGCGGGUGUGUCAAGCACUGAUAAAUCGAUACGCGUCUACGAUGAAAGCGGCUCCCUGGUCGCUCGCGAUUGGGGCCAUACGGAGGGCGUUUCCGAUAUCGCGCUCGUAGAGACACCUGAGCACGUAAGUGAAGAAACGAGCGAGAAGUCGCUAGUCACAGUUGCUGUGGAUGGAACCAUAUUUGCAUGGGCUCUGGCUUUGCAGCCUAAUCGUCACGACGUAUCGAAGUCUAUGGAUUUGCUCGCCCCAAACACGCCUUCCAACCAGGAUUUACUGUCUAGCAAGCCACCAUUACGACGCGUCCUCUCGCAAUCUGAAAUGGCCCGUUUCCAACGCUCACCUGUAGAAGAAACACCACCGCCCAGCGGUAACAAAUCACCAAAGUUGCGGAAAAAGGUAUCCAAAUUCUCCUUGGCCCCAACGCCGAAACUCGAACCAUCUCCUAUGACCAGUAGUUCACGCGAAGGCCGGAUAACAGCAUGGCAAGGACAAGGCACAGGGCGCAAAAACAAGAACCGCUCUCCAUCGCCACCUAGUCCCAGAAACCCGCAGCUUGGUAAACGUCGUGCAUCAAUAGAUGCUAGAAACCGCACGAAGGCCCCUGUGAACGAAUUUGGCAGCUUAGGAGCGUCGACAGAGAGCCUAUGUAGAACGCUUCGAGCCUACAGGAAACGUCUAGCAAAUACCAGCGAUACUAUGAGCCCGGAACUCGCAAAAGAGGUCGAGAGGGAGCUUGCCGUUACUGCCAGGGCGAUUGGAGACAAGGUGAAAACCAAGGCCUUUGAGGAGACGGUCAUGGUCAAGCUGCUGGAUCAGUAUUCAGAACGAUUGGUAAACAUGCUCGAUGAGAAAAUCGCAGCUAGCGUUGCACAACGGGUACGCGAGAGCAGCGUUGGUAACUUCUCGGAUGGGGCAGAUUCACCUGUUGUUGCCCAACACCCAUCAAGGAGUAGAGCGGGCAGUGAAGACAUAGGGAAUCGUCGUACAGAUGAUUCUGAAUCAGGUACCGAGAUCCUGGUCUUAGAGACCACUGAGAAGUUGACGAUGGAAUGAAGGUGUUAGGGUAGGAAGGUGGGCAUGGGGGCGCAACUCGGUACGACUUGGGUAUCCCGGAUCAAUUUCUACAGAUGAUGUGGCUAAACUGGCGUUCAAUGCAUUGCAUAUUCAGAGCAAACGGCGUUUAUGAUAAGAAAGCUCGUGGCUGAGCAUGACAUGGCGCAUGACGGAGGGUGGCCAGUUGGCCACCUAACAAUAUUACGUUAGUACUGUAGCAUAAGACGUAAUCGUAGUCCUUAGUAUCACUUUUUGCUCACUUGCUCGUGUAAUCUGG